AUGCCCAGACAAACCAAACAGACAAAUACGCUUCUAGGGUUUGUUGACAUACCUAUUGAUGGUGAAGAGAAGCCAACCAUAGAAGAUACAUUUAUUGGAGGUGAGCCGUUAUGGUUUGAUCCUGCUUCUCCACCUCCGAAGAAGUUACUUUUAUGUAAAAAUUGUGAGGCACCAAUGAAAUUACUUUUACAGUCUUACUGUCCUUUGGCUAAUUCGAUAUACGAUAGAAUUAUCUAUGUGUUUACAUGUACAAAAGCACAAUGUCGAAGGAAGGCAGGUUCUGUCAGAGCAAUCCGUGCAGUGAAAAGAGAUCCAGAGGCCAUGAAGAAAAAUGAACUUGAAAUUAAAACAGAAGAGUACGAUAGGAAACAAGCAGAGGAAAAGGCAAAGCAGGAGAGGAUGAAGACUAAAGAACUAGCCAAGAAUAUAUUCACUUCUGGCAGCAAAGGUAACAGUUCCAAUCCGUUUGACUCAAAUCCGUUUUCUGCUCCUGAGCCAAAGAGUGCGAAUCCAUUUGAUGCACUCGAAAAGAAUGAGGACGAGGGCAGUAAAUCUGAACAUAAAUCUGUUGAAAUAAAGGCGGAAGGUUACAAGUCUUUGAUACCCAGAAAAAGCACCCUUCAAAAGCCAAAGGGGGAGCUAGAUAUAUCACUUGCAUCUUUCCCGGGCUUCUUUCUCUAUAUUGAAGACGAGAUAUUGGAUCCUUCGAAAUCUCUAGACACACAACUUCCUCCCGGCUUUACACCAGGUCAAUUAUCUCAGCAGGGAAAUUCAGCCUCAUCGGGAAAAGACAUUGGUCAGUCAAAGGAGCUUGAGGAAAUUUCGAAAGCCGUUGAUGAUCCUACAUUUAGGCAUUUCACAGAAAUUGUUUCAUACAAUCCAUCGCAGGUUUUCAGAUAUGAGUUUGGUGGUUCGCCUCUUCUUUACAACACCAAGGAUACAAUUUCGAAAGUCUUCUGUGAUAGUAAAGGCCGCUUAUUGGAUUCCUCGCAUUUUAGAAUUCCGAAUGCAGCAUAUCAUCCGAGUGGAUCAAGAGUGCUCGAAUUGCAGAUCAUGCCUCAAGCAAUUGAUGCACUAGAAUCGGAUGGCUCUAUUGAUAUCCUUAAAGAUGGUAUGGAGUGGGGUACAAUACUUGUUGGUAGUGAUGCUGAGGAUUACGCACCAGAUUCAUUCUUUGAUGAAAAUUACAUUGCAUAUGUUGAGGAAUGGUGUGGCGUGCAAUGGGAGGAGGAGGUGAAGAAUUAG